GCCACGCACUGGGCCGGGUCCUGCGGGGGAGGGCAGGUGAGGGCCUAGGUGUGCCACGACCCCGUUUUCGACCGUGCGAGGUGCCCGGGGUUGGGGCACAAGAUCUGAUUCCGGAGCUGCCAUGAUUGAAGUGGUAGCAGAGCUGAGCCGAGGUCCUGUGUUUCUGGCGGGGGAGGCGCUGGAGUGUGUAGUGACGGUCACCAACCCCCUGCCCCCCACGGCAACUUCUGCGUCCAGUGAGGCUCUGGCCUGGGCCAGUGCCCAAAUCCACUGCCAGUUCCAUGCGAGUGAGAGUCGAGUAGCACUACCUCCCCCUGACUCCAGUCAGCCAGACGUCCAGCCGGAGAGCCAGACUGUCUUUCUACCGCACCGAGGUGAGAGAGGUCAGUGUAUCCUUUCCACUCCACCAAAAAUCCUUUUCUGUGAUCUGAGGCUAGAUCCCGGAGAGUCCAAAUCAUACUCCUACAGUGAAGUGCUGCCCAUAGAGGGACCACCCUCCUUUCGGGGUCAGUCGGUCAAGUAUGUCUACAAACUGACCAUUGGCUGCCAGCGUGUCAACUCACCCAUCACUUUACUCAGGGUUCCUCUGAGGGUUCUUGUGCUGACAGGCCUUCAAGAUGUCCGGUUUCCCCAGGAUGAGGCUGUAGCCCCAUCUAGUCCAUUCUUGGAGGAGGAUGAAGGUGGGAAGAAGGAUUCAUGGCUAGCUGAGCUGGCUGGGGAGCGUCUCAUGGCUGCCACAUCCUGCCGCAGCCUCCAUCUAUACAAUAUCAGUGAUGGCCGAGGAAAAGUUGGGACAUUUGGCAUCUUCAAAUCUGUAUACAGACUCGGCGAGGAUGUGGUGGGGACCUUAAACUUAGGGGAAGGAACUGUAGCUUGUUUGCAGUUUUCAGUAAGCUUACAGACUGAGGAGCGUGUACAGCCUGAGUACCAGAGGCGCCGCAGGACGGGGGGUGUCCCCUCUGUGUCUCAUGUGACUCAUGCCCGGCACCAGGAGUCCUGCCUGCAUACAACCAGAACGAGCUUCUCUCUCCCCAUCCCUCUCAGCUCCACCCCAGGCUUCUGCACAGCCAUUGUGUCCCUGAAGUGGCGAUUGCAUUUUGAAUUUGUAACAUCGCGAGAACCAGGUUUGGUGCUCCUACCUCCCUUGGAACAGCCCGAGCCUGUCACCUGGACUGGGCCUGAGCAAGUGCCUGUAGACACCUUCAGCUGGGACCUCCCCAUCAAGGUGCUGCCCACAAGCCCUACCCUGGCCUCAUAUGCAGCCCCAGGCCCCAGCACCAGCACCAUAACCAUCUGAAACUGGCUCACCGUGACACUGUCUUUCUUCAGGAUACUAAGAACUCAGCAUCUGGACUCUAGUAGGGCCCAUUUUCCCCACGCGGGGUCCAAUGGCACGGACAAUGAGAGGCAGGCUUUCAGCUGUAGCAUUAAUUUAUUUAUUCAGAAUAAAUUGGCAGCUGCUAGUGGUUUCCCUGGAAGUGGCAGCAGCAGUGGGCAGUCAGCAGAAGGGUGAUCAGUUGAGUUUAGCUGGAGUGGGGAGCAGGAGCCCCAGGAGCAGGGGUGUUAGCUGAGCCCCAUUCUGGGUCGGGCCCUCCGCCUUUGCAGGGCAGCCGAGGGUCAGAUUUUUGCACCAGGGAGAACUGGCAGGUUCCUGCCUCCUGACGUACCUCACAGCCCGCGGGGAAGUCGAUGGGAUGCUGGGACCUGGGGAACCAAAGGAUGGGAAAGGAGUCAGCACAGUGAAGGGCCACCUUUAUCCCUGCCCCACACUUGCUCUCUGCCAGCAUUCCUCCUAUAUCUUUAGUGCCCUCUUGGUCCCCCUAACUAAGCUCUCGCCUACCAUAUAUGGAUUUUUUCAUUUCAUAGCAGAAACAUUUUCCGUCCAGACCCACCCCUACAUCCCCUCACUUUGUAGCCUGCAGCCUUAUCUCUCAAACUCUUGUUGGUACCUUCGGGUUCGGCCAGCCUCAUACCACUGUUCUGUUCAUUGUCACAUCACAGCAAUAUGGUUACGCCCUGGCCAGCCCUCAGUCACUCAUGUCAGAGCCAUUCUCUCUGGCCAUCUUUGGUCACUCACGUGUCACAGCAGCCCACACCGACGGGAUGCAGACAGGUACAAUGGAAACAGUCCUUGCGGAGCCAAGACUCACCCAGGGUAAAAUACUUCCCUUCAUAGUGGCAGGGGGCUAGGGAAGAAUAGGAAAUGUUAGUGUGUUUGGGAGUGGUGGUGGCAGACAGGAUCGCUUGUGGUCUGGAGUGGGAGAAAGUAAGUGCAUAUCACCCCCAUUUUUAGUCUCUCCUGUUUCCGAGCUGAGGGGAGUCUGGGUAUUCCGAGAGAGGAUCAUCUCUAAGCCCCCCAGAUCAUCUCUAAACCCCAGCUCCCUCUGUCCCUGUCCUUUCCUAACGCCGCCCCCAGCUUUACCUUGAGCUUGGAAGUAGCACUUGCUGUGGACUCCUGGCUGCUGGAGGAGCAGAGAGAUCACCAAGCAGAUGAUCCCCCAGCUUCCCAGGACCCCCUUCGCCUGUCCAGUCCAGCACAUCCUUGGGGUCAUUCCUGUGCACAGCCCUCGCGAUCCCUUCUUGGUCUCUGUUCAGGCUACUCUGGCUUGUCUCUGGCUUUUCUUUGUUUUUCUCCUUGGGUCUUAGUUUCUUUCUCCCCUGGGCUCCUGUCUCACACCAUCUCCGUGCCCUCUGCUCUCGCAGGCUUGGGGAUGUUUAUAAAGUGAGGACCCUGGCCCCCUGCUGAGUAGAGCUGGAAAAGCUGUAACUCUGUUUCCUGAGGUGAGGGCAUGAAAACAAGAGGUCUAGCUUUAACAAGCUGUGAGAGCUGAUUCAUGCCCCGGCACAGCUGGGGGAGGGAGGUGGCCAUGGAAGGGGCACUGGACUGGGCACUUCCCCAGCAAGGAGGUGGGAGGGGUGAGGGCCCCCAGGUGGUCCCUACAUCUCUUCCCUGACCUGGAGAGAAGGAAGCAUUCCACCCCACCACCCCACCCCCAGCACACACACUCCAGGGGUGUGUGUGCUGGGAUCCUUGCCUGGACCGGAGGGAGGCAUUUCCUGGGGAUGGCUAAUCCUGUGCCCCAGCCAAACCAAGGAGCUGCAGUAGGGUGCGACAGCCAGAGGCUCCAGGAGAGCGAACAGGCCCCUGGAGUGCGGAAUGUUUCUCAGAUCCUAGCGCAGAGUCUCCCGGAAGUAUCCUAGAGACAUGGCUGCCCCUCAGAGAUGGGGAGGUAGGUGUCUCUUUUGCACAGGCAUACUGAGGAUGCAUUCAUUGUUCAGUACCUCCAAACAUAUGGCAGAUAUAAGGUCUUCCCAUAUCUGGGGAUGGUUCUUUCAAAGAGGAACAUCCUUAAAUGCCCUGAUGGUAUGAGUCACUCCAGUUUCACAGAGGUGCUCCUCUUUCCUCUUGUACAUUAUGGAAUGAGAAUUGAGGAAUCCUCUGACAUCCUCUUUUGGGUUUCCUGCAGGUUCUAGAGAGCCCCCAAGAUGGGUGAUUAAGAGCAUAGGUUAUAGAGUCAGACUAGUUGAAUUCAGAUCCUGAUUGUACUUAAGACUGUGUGACUUUGGGCAAGCCACUUAACCUCUCUAAGUCUGUUUCCUUAUCUUUACAUUGGGAUGGUAAUACUAACUCAGGGUUGUUAAGAGGCUUUCAAUGAGGUAAUGCAUGUAAUGCUGUUAGUAGUGUCCCUGGCACAUGGCCCUCAGAAAAUAUUAGCUGCUGUGAUUGGUACUAGAGUUCAGAGACAAAAUAGGUACGUUUCAUUGUUUGAAUCACAUCGAGCAGCUCUGCAUUGCUGAGGGCUUUUGUUGGGGGCUGCUAUCUCCUACCACAGACUUCCGCCCUUUUCACAUUCGU